AAGGGGCCGGCCCCGGCGGGCGUCGGUGGGGCGGAGGAACCGCGGCGGCGGCCGCAUCCUCGCCGCCUGCCCCGGCCCGGCAGCGUCCCGGAGCCGUCGGGCAUGGAGCCCUGGAAGCAGUGCGCGCAGUGGCUCAUUCACUGCAAGGUGUUGCCCGCCAACCACCGGGUGACCUGGGACUCGGCGCAGGUGUUCGACCUGGCUCAGACCCUCCGCGAUGGAGUCCUGCUCUGCCAGCUGCUCAACAACCUCCGUGCACACUCCAUCAACCUGAAGGAGAUCAACCUGAGGCCGCAGAUGUCCCAGUUUCUCUGUUUGAAGAACAUAAGGACAUUCCUCACGGCCUGUUGCGAGACAUUUGGAAUGAGAAAGAGUGAACUCUUCGAGGCGUUUGACCUGUUUGAUGUUCGUGAUUUUGGAAAGGUAAUAGAAACAUUAUCACGACUUUCUCGCACUCCUAUAGCGUUGGCCACGGGAAUCAGGCCCUUCCCAACGGAAGAAAGCGUUAACGAUGACGACGUCUACAAAGGCCUGCCUGACCUGAUAGAUGAAACCCGUGCGGAGGACGAAGAGGGCCUGUACGACUGUGUGUACGGGGAGGACGAAGGUGGUGAGGUGUACGAGGACCUGAUGAAGGCAGAGGAAGCACAGCCGCCCAAAUGUCCAGAAAAUGAUAUACGAAGUUGCUGCCUAGCAGAAAUUAAGCAGACGGAGGAAAAAUAUACAGAAACAUUGGAGUCAAUAGAAAAAUAUUUCAUGGCACCGUUAAAAAGAUUUCUGACAGCAGCAGAAUUUGAUUCAGUGUUCAUCAACAUUCCUGAACUUGUGAAAGUUCACCGAAACCUAAUGCAAGAGAUUCAUGAUUCCAUUGUAAAUAAAAAUGACCAGAACUUGUAUCAAGUCUUCAUUAACUACAAGGAGAGGUUGGUUAUUUAUGGGCAGUAUUGCAGUGGAGUGGAGUCAGCCAUCUCUAGUUUAGACUACAUUUCGAAGACAAAAGAAGAUGUCAAACUGAAAUUGGAGGAAUGUUCCAAAAGAGCAAAUAAUGGGAAAUUUACUCUUCGAGAUUUGCUGGUGGUUCCUAUGCAACGUGUUUUAAAGUAUCACCUUCUUCUCCAGGAGCUGGUCAAACACACCAUGGAUCCUAUGGAGAAGGCCAAUCUGAAACUGGCCCUUGACGCAAUGAAGGACUUGGCACAAUAUGUGAAUGAAGUGAAAAGAGAUAAUGAGACCCUUCGUGAAAUUAAACAGUUUCAGCUAUCUAUAGAAAAUCUGAACCAACCAGUUUUGCUUUUUGGACGACCUCAGGGAGAUGGUGAAAUUCGGAUAACCACUCUAGACAAGCAUACAAAACAAGAAAGGCAUAUCUUCUUAUUUGAUCUGGCAGUGAUUGUAUGUAAAAGGAAAGGUGAUAACUAUGAAAUGAAGGAAAUAAUAGAUCUUCAGCAGUACAAAAUAGCCAACAAUCCUACAACUGAUAAAGAAAAUAAAAAGUGGUCUUACGGCUUCUACCUCAUCCACAUCCAAGGACAAAAUGGGUUGGAAUUUUAUUGCAAAACAAAAGAUUUGAAGAAAAAAUGGCUGGAACAGUUUGAAAUGGCUUUGUCUAACAUAAGGCCAGACCAUGCCGACUCCAACUUCCAUGAGUUCAAGAUGCACACCUUCAACCGGGUGACAUCCUGCAAAGUCUGCCAGAUGCUCUUGAGGGGAACAUUUUAUCAAGGCUAUUUGUGCUUUAAGUGUGGCGCUAGAGCGCACAAGGAAUGUUUGGGGAGAGUAGACAAUUGUGGCCGAGUUAAUUCCGCUGAACAAGGGACGCUCAAACCACCUGAGAAACGGACCAAUGGACUCCGAAGAACUCCCAGACAGGUGGAUCCAGGUUUACCAAAGAUGCAGGUCAUUAGGAACUAUACUGGAACGCCACCCCCCACUCUUCACGAAGGGCCCCCGCUGCACAUCCAGGCAGGAGACACGGUUGAACUCCUGCAAGGGGAUGCGCACAGUCUGUUUUGGCAGGGUAGAAAUUUAGCAUCCGGAGAGGUUGGAUUUUUUCCGAGUGAUGCUGUGAAGCCUUGCCCCUGUGUGCCCAAACCAGUAGAUUAUUCUUGCCAACCCUGGUAUGCUGGAGCAAUGGAAAGAUUGCAGGCAGAGACUGAACUUAUUAAUAGGGUAAAUAGUACUUACCUUGUGAGGCACAGGACCAAAGAGUCAGGAGAAUAUGCAAUUAGCAUUAAGUACAAUAAUGAAGCAAAGCACAUCAAGAUUUUAACAAGAGAUGGCUUUUUUCACAUUGCAGAAAAUAGGAAGUUUAAAAGUUUAAUGGAGCUGGUGGAGUACUACAAGCAUCACUCUCUCAAAGAAGGGUUCAGAACCUUGGAUACAACUCUGCAGUUUCCAUACAAGGAGCCAGAACAUUCAGCUGGACAGAGGGGUAGCAGAGCAGGCAACAGCUUGUUAAGUCCAAAGGUGCUGGGCAUUGCCAUCGCCAGGUAUGACUUCUGUGCAAGAGAUAUGCGAGAACUGUCCCUGUUGAAAGGAGACGUGGUGAAGAUUUACACGAAGAUGAGUGCGAACGGCUGGUGGAGAGGAGAAGUGAACGGCAGGGUGGGCUGGUUUCCAUCCACGUAUGUGGAAGAGGAUGAAUAAAUUCCAAUCCAGCGUUGCACCCUGCACCGGGACUCUCAGAGAAAGGAUAAACAGAAGCCUGCGCAGCAUUAUGAAGUCACUGAAGGGUGUAAGAAGCUGCCUUUCUGGCUAUUCAGCACCCUUCCCCCCGUCCCCUCCCAAGUCCUAACGCUGGGAUUUCUAAAGAUGCUGCUGCUGACAGAUUAAUGGCUUGCCUGGAGCUGCGCAAGAAUCAGCCUGCCAGUCUGUCGUCACCAGAGACCAGGGCAGAGCCAAAGGCCCUUCUUCCCAGAAGAGCCCUGCACACACACACUGGUUCAUGCUUCUUUUUACUUCGUCCAGUCAGACGCCAGGAACGCCAGCCGUCAGUAAAUGCUUAGCACGUAUUUACUUUCUUCUCACGUGCCAUUCACCAGAGUUUCUGAUGGUACAGAGCAGCAGCAGGUUGAUUUUGCCCUUCCGAGCGUAUAUUAAAAUUAAGAGUUCUGCCACUGGGGCGGUUUAUUGGAAAGGUCCAGCAGCACUUGUCUUAAAUUGCCUCACAAGGUGGCUCACUGCCUGGCAAGCACUUUUACCCCCAGACGUUACUCGCGGUAAAACACGAGAGGCAGAGGCUCAGGUUUGCCUCUUAAGUGAUAGAUCGCAGGGGGGUUAACUAUUCAUCUGAUGUCCUGAUUGUAUUUGCAAACUUCAUAAAAAGAAAACCUACAAGAGUGUGCACAAAAGAAUGUCUUCCUAGUAAAUCUUCAGAACUGCCAUGAUUUCUUAGGGUUACUGUGGAAAUGUGCUUUAUGAGAGAAUCUUGGCUGAGAACGUUUUAGGUAGUUGUAAAUAACCUGCACUAAGUGUGGCACUGUUUACAGAAACAGAUCAAGGGCUGCGAUUUUUAAGUAAGUCGUUUUAGAGACGCAACAUCUAUUAACAUAUGCUUUUUUCUCCCCCACCACCUCUCCCGCCCUCCAAAAAAAUACCUGGGACCUACUUGCUGGUUCUCACAUCUCCCUGGAAUAUUUGCAGUAGCACAAACAAGGCUGUUGAGGAUUUCUGAAGUAAAGCACAGCAAGGUCCUUCAUGCAUUUCGGGGACAGGAGGAGGGUCCCUGGACUUUUCUGGUCUUACAGUGGCUUCCGGCUCUGAGACUCUUCCCACCUGCAGGCCAUUUCUGGGUGUGUGCUAACUGGUGGGAAGGCCAGUGUGUGGUGCAUUUAUUUGACCAAGUCUUCACUGUUCAUGUGAGGAGUCUAAGUCCAUUCUCCCUGGGAUGUGCAGAGUGCCCAGUCAAGACAGCCAAGUUGACAAUAACUUGGCCCUUUCCUGAUGAAGUAUUUUCCCCACGGCAGAAGUCAUGUUCUGACAAGAGUCAGAGAGUGUUUCAUGUUUGAAAAGAACAUUAGAAGCAUUAACGUAAUAGAACCAAACUAGGAAUGAUUUAGUUCAGAAAUUCUGGACCAUCUCUCAAGGGCAGUGGGCGUGGCUGGCCUCCUCCCCAGCCCAGCAGCGCGCCAGGACGAUGUCCAGUGAACACAUCCCCGCUCAGAGACCCUCGUGGGCCAGGACUUCUCAAAUAGGGUAGAUUCAGGACCUUUACCUCAGAAUUAUGUAAACUGUGAUUGUGUUUUAGAAAAAUUUGCUAAAACCAGUUAAGCUUUUGUAUAUGUGUAAAUGAUCAUAAAAUCGAGCUUUAUAAAAUGUUCUGUACAGUCAAGUCAUACCCUCAAGGGGUAUCCUGGAGUGGAUUCUUUCCUAUAAAGUCUUAUCUGCAGCUCUGUCUGGGGAGUGUUUCGCCUGUUACUGUCUGCCAGAUGUUGUUCUGGAGAGAGCAGCUCCACACACGUGGAAACACUCCUGCGCACAGUGUUACAGCUUAUGCGGUUUCUUUGUUGUUUUAGCCAACAGACCCCCUCCCUUGCGGUGGCGUGUUGUCUUCUUGCUGCAUUUCAUGGACCUGUGGGUUUCCCGGCAGAGGUUACUAAAGCCCUUUCUCAUGAUGUUACCGGUUACAUCUCUAUGUUUCAUAUUCUGUACUGAAAAUUUUAAAUGCUGCGAAUUUGUGUAGAUUUCUAAUACCAAAGACAGAAGUAAAUGUUUUUCCAGAUACUUUGUCUUGCCUGUAUGCAGCCCCGUGCAGUAGGGUGAAUUAGAGUGGUGUUUCACUUUGUAAUAUUUUGUAAAUAUGUCAAUACAAUAAAUAGUUACUACUUGCAUUAAA